AAGAAGACGACAGAUGAGAGCUAGUGGAGGGCAGUGAGCACCCAGACGGACGGGAAGGUGGAAUUUGGGUUCUCCGCAGUCGAACAGUCAGGAUAUGUCUGUAAGGAUGGAAAUGGAUAUCAGUGGAGUUUCCAGGGCACAGGUCUCCAUUCUUCCUGCAGCUGAAAUCAAAGCCACAUUGAAACCAGAAGGAGAGAGACCUCGCUGUGCCAGCACCCCAUGUUCCCCAAUCAGAGGCACUGUGGCAGGAUACCAGAUCCUACACAUGGACUCAAACUAUUUGGUUGGUUUCACUACUGGUGAGGAGCUGCUAAAACUGGCCCACAAGUGGUCAGAAGGACCUCCAGCGAAGAGCUCAACAUCAGAGGCCGUGUCCACCUCGAUUCAGAGCACUGUCCCCAAAUCUGUGGACUUGGGCAUCCACCGGUCUUCACGAAUCUUCAAAGCCAGAGGUCUCUACUACCAGCCCUACGACAUUCCUGCUGCCAGUGGGCGGAGACGAAAACGUAUGCCCAGCUCCAGUGACACCUUCCUCAGGUCCCUGGCACAUGCUGAGCCUGGGCGGGGUCUGCAUACCCCACUACCCCUUUGUCUGCUUAAAGGAAAAGGGGCCCAGUCAAAGUCUCUUGACUACCUUAAUCUGGACAAAAUAAGUAUCAAAGAGUCGUCAGACACUGAAGUGUUACAGUACCAACUACAACACCUCACCUUGCGAGGGGAGCGUGUGUUUACCAGAAACAAGACAUAAAAGCACAGUGGAAGGCUUUUUUUAGUCGUCUUUCACCCUCUUGGGGAUUUAGGUGCUAUUUCCAGCUUGGUUUCUUAUGACUCGGAUUAUAACAGUCCUUUAAGAAGACCAUCUUAUAAUCUUGUUAUAUUAUUACUUUAGGGGUUUACCUUGUACUGUACACAUAUGUUGUGAGGUUGUUGAGGUUAAAAAUGUGAAUUAUAUAAACUUAGCAAUAACUGGUGAACAUAUUGACAGUGUUGUAUGUUUCCUCAGGUCAGAUACGCACUGAUAUAUCAGCUGACAGCUGACAAAAGCACAUAUCACAUACUGUAUCAGCUUUAAAAUGCACCAUUGGUAUCAGUCCAGUAAUAGAUUUACUAUUUUACUGUGGGGAGUUGUUGUUGUGACGUUUUGUGAUAUUUCUUUUCAAAGGGUAUGGAACUGCAUAUAACUGACAAAAUAACAAGACGAUGCUUACCUAUGUUGCUAAUUUAUAUAUAUAUUAUAUUGUUUAAUUUCUGUCAGUUAGUAUUUAAAUGCUUUUAAACCUCUUAUUUCCCAUAAGAGGUGAUACUUCAUUGAAGCUGUUUGUUGAAAGUAAAUGUAAAGUUGCCUCUCUUAACAUCUAUCAUAAUACUAUACUCACAUGUCAUCUGUACAUUUAAACGGUACUGGUUGCUGUAAGCAUUCCUUUUGUCCAUACUAGUGCUGAAGUGAGAUAACAAAGCCUACUCCUUAAACCUUGAUUACACAUCAUUGCAGAUGUGCACACAGACAGCUGCAGACACUGUGGAAGUUGUUAAUGUACUACUUUGUAGUCUGCCUACAAUCAGCUGGGAUGACUUAAUUCCAGACAUGAACAGUGCCAUUGGCUGCUUGUUUCAGGCAACUUUGUCCUUCCCUUGCACUGUCUGUGUUACGGUUUUCUUUGCGACGGGAAACAACAACAACAACAACCCCCAAGCAGCAAAGUACCACACUGAAAGUUUCAAGUGUUGCAGAGGUUUUUGAUUGUGGAGUAAGUCAGCCCUGCUAGUUGAUUUUUGUGGAUUCCUUAUUUUAAUGACAGUGCUCAUCCCUGACAUUCCACUCAUCGCUAUUUUUAGUGACCACUGAAGCCGCAUCCCCUGCUAGCCCAGCCCACGGCUGCUGUGAUUGGAAGGAAAGGUAAUAGCAGUGACUGCUUAUUUCACUCAUGACAUGUCUUCUGGCUUAUAAAGACACUACAUGGACAUGUUGACAAGUUUAAAAACUUGGCUCUUAAAGAUGUAGCUUAAGCAUGUUCAGAGAAUGACAAUUCACUUGAAUUCAUGUAAUUAACACUAUUGCCCCGUUUACAAGUCAGGAGAAGAUGUGGAAAGUCCUAAAUCCAUCCCUGCUAUUGUUGUCAUCACACCAAAAUUUUGACCUCGAUGUGAUAUCUGCCUAAAUAAAUCGAUACUUAAACAAUAUCACAGAGAAAAGCUAAAGUUUCAGGGAACGUAAUAGCAUCAUUGAUGAGAAAACAUGAAACUCAAAUUAUUGUUUAUUAUUAUUUAAGAAGAACCUUCAUGCACAUUCUUUUGCAGGAAUUCAUGUUUCUUAAAUACCUUGUGGUUGACUUUAAAUCCAGGGGAGCCCUAUUUACUUGGCCAGUCUGUUCCUGCACAGCUUUUUGAAUAAAUCACAUUAUUAACACUA